AUCUUGAUUUCUAAGUUUUAUCUUUCUUUAUGGAUGCUAUGGCAAGCUCUACAGCCAGCUGUGUCGUACCAUUACAGCAGGCUCUACAGUCUGCUGUGUCGUACCAUUACAACAGGCUCUUCGGCUCUGUGUGUGUGUGUGAGAGAGAGAGAGAGAGAUGUUGCAGAAGGUUGUACCUUUGGUAUAGCAAAUUGCAAUGAAAUCCACCUUUUGAUUGAACUCAGAUUUCUGGGUGUUCAUUGUAUCGAUCCCAGAAAAGGUUUCUUGAAUUUAAACAAUUAAACCAGUAUCAAACCAAGAUUGAUAUUACUUCGUAGUUAUACGAUAUCGGAUGACUUUAGAAGGGAUCUUAUCCUAAUAAUCUUGAAAUCGGAAGCAAUUCAUUUGGCAUUUAGAAGUCAAAUGUUGUACGGAAGCAAACCGUAAUCAACACAGUUAUGUUUAUCGAGUAUUUCUGCACUAUUUUCACCUGAUUAUGUGGUUCAAAUUCUUGAAGACAACUCCAAGAAGAGAGAGCAAAAGCAAAUUCUUCACUUGAAGAGAUCCUAAAUGGAAUCCUCAGAGGCACUUCCAACUUCAAAAAGAGAGAGAGUUGUGGAUUCCACGAAAUCCCGAGCCGAAUCCGAGCUUUCCGAUGCACGAAAAACAGUUCGAGAUCUGGCUCUGAAGAUCGAAGAAGCAAACUCAAGGGCCAAAAUAAUGCAGCAGAUAACUACGAAACAGCAUGAUUCUUGUUCACAACAAAAAGUAUCGUCGAUGAACAAGGAGGAUCGUCAGUAUGCACAAGUGAUGAAAGAAAUCGAACACAUCAAACACGAAUUGGGUAAACUGAGAAUCGACAUGACUCAUAUUUUGAAGAAGAAGAAAAACGCAGAAAACGCAUUCAUAGCCACGAAUUCUAAGAACUCUACACUUUCGAGCGCCGCAGAAAGAAUCAAGAAAGAGAUUGAAGAGCUCGAUGAAGAGCACGUUCUUGUUGAAUUAGCACGAAUCGAAGCCGUCAAAGAAUGUGCAGCCAUUGAAGCUCAGAGGAAGGAAGAAGCUAAUCGCUACAAAACCGAAUUGGAUGAAAUCAAAAAGAAAGUCGAAGAAAUUAUCCAACAGAACGAAAUGACAAAAGAGCUCCAACUAACACUUUAUAACGUGAACUCGUUACAACAUGAACUCGUCAAAGUUAAGGAAACGGAUAAAACUCCCAUUCAGCUACUAGCAAUCACAGAAGAACUGGAAUCAGCAAAAGCAGAACUUGCCAACAUUAAACGGGAAGGUUUUGAUUUCAUGGCUUCCAUGGAUGUCAUCAGAAAAGAGAUCAGAAGCAUUCGAGAAGAAACAGCUCGGUUGGAGAAAGAAAAAGAGAAGCGAGACUUAACCGUUCAGACCCUCAACUCGAAGAUAUUAAAGGGGAAAGCCAAACUAGAAUCCAUUACAGCUACCACAGAAAAAGCUAAUGCAAUUGGAUCGAAUCUAUCACUCACAGUUGAACACUUACGAGCAGAAUCCGAGACAGCAAAGAAAGAAAAUGAGCUUAUCAAUGAAGAAAUCAAAAACCUCAAGCUGGAAAUUCCUAAAACCGAGUGUGAAAUAGAAUUAUCCGAAGAAAGAUUAGAAGCAGCCAUGGAGGAGCUCAAAACAGUGAAAUCAUCAGAAUUUAAAGCUCUCGAGAAUCUCAAAAAUCUGAUUGAUUCUACAGUACGAGCCAGGGAGUCGGCCACGCUAAAUAGCUCAACGAUAACAAUCACCAAUUUCGAAUACGGGUAUUUAACGGGAAAGGCAGGUGGGGCCGAAGAGAUUGCCGAUAAAAAGGUUGCUGCAGCUCAGGCUUGGGUGGAAGCCUUAAAGGCGAACGAAAAGGAGAUCUUGAUGAAAAUCCAAAUGGCUAAAAGGGAAAUUAGAGAGCUCGACAUUGAGGUAGAGGAGGAAAGGGGAGAGGCAUAUGGAACAGAUUUAAGUGUCAGCAGAAGGCGGUCCGUUGAUAGCGAGUCAAAUAGAUGGGCGCAAAAUGGGGCAAAAGUUUUGGCAUCACCUCGGAGAUCAGUGUACAAAAUUGGAAAUAUGACGCCUGGGAAGCGAGGUAGAUCACAAAAGUUGCUAUCUCCGGCAACCCGGCAAGCGAUUAAAUCAGCUUCUUUCACUAAAAAAAGGGAAAAGGUUACACGAAAUCUAGCAAAAUUCGUGGGUGACGAAAACGCUGAAAUGGAUGAGUGAAUUCUUGGAACGUAUGACUACUCGUAAUGUUCAACGACAUUGUUUAUGUUGUAUAUAGAGUAUUGCAUAUAGAUCUAGGUUUUUUAAGUGUAAGUCCACACCUAAUUCUCUAAAUAGUCCCUUUCCAUCAUAUCAUUGGAUUUCAACGAUAAUCAU